AUGGGUAAUAACCCGUCCAAAAAUGAUCCCCUACCGAAUAUCUCCUCCGCAGUGAGCCUGUCGUCUUCUGGUGUCGCAGUCGCCGACUUAGACUCAGACGACGCUUCGCCGGCGCUAUCUCGGCCUACCGGCAACGGUAGUGACAUUCUCCUCGAGAAAAUGUCAAACUUCAAACUUAAUGACCCAUCUCCUUACUCCAAAGCGUCGCCCCAGUCCAUUCCUUCCCGCAAACCUCAGCGAACUUCGGUGCCUGCUCGGGAUUACCAGCUCGACAUCGACAUCGAUACUUCCAUGGCUGCCUUGUUGUCCACCAACUCACACUCGCCUCACUCGCCCAGUUCCCCUGCUAAGCUGCCUCGUUCUGCUUCUAACUACGUUCUGACUUCUGACUACGUUGUGGCUGAAUAUGCCUCGUCCGUGGAUAGCCUGCGUAGCGGUCACCUAUCAGUUUCGCCUGUGUUCACCACUAGCGGUGAGCACAAGGACGAGAGCCUGGUCCUGUCUGUCAGCUCGUUGGCGAACUCUCCAAUCUACGUGAAGUCCGGAAGCGGUCACGGUAACCCGUUCCAGACUCCCCUGGAAUCGAGCUUGGACCCCAUCGUGGAAGGCUCCGUGGAGUCUACUCCCGAGCCCAAACACUCUCGUAGGUCUUCCCAUUCAAAGUCAGCGGACUUGGGCCGUACAGUGCUCUCCAAGCAGUCGUCUAAGUCAUCAGCCAGGUCGUCGGCCUCUAUCUCCCCUCCGUUGCUUCCUGUCAACAGGAAGGUGGACUUCGAUUUAGACCUGAUCAUUGACAAGCUCUUGGAAAUUGGUAUGAAGAAGGUGUCCUCGCCAUACUCGCCUCUGAAGAGCCGUAGAGGCAAGGACAAGUUGCCCUUGACCACCCAGGAACUCAAGCAAAUCUUGGCUAAGUCUCGCUCCAUCUUCAUGGAACAGCCUACAUUGUUGAAAUUGUCACCUCCAGUCAAGAUUGUAGGCGACAUUCACGGCCAAUUCCAUGACUUGAUUAGAAUCUUUAACUCGUGCGGUUACCCUCCUCAUACGAACUACUUAUUUUUAGGUGAUUACGUUGACAGAGGUUAUAAAUCCUUGGAGACAAUUCUUCUCUUGUUGUGUUAUAAGAUCAAGUACCCAGAGAAUUUCUUCAUGUUGAGAGGUAACCACGAAUCUGCUAAUAUCACCAAGAUCUAUGGUUUUUAUGACGAGUGCAAGAGACGUUUGCCUUUGAUUUCCGGAAGCCAUAAAUUGUGGAAGAACUUUAUUGAUGUGUUCAAUACUUUGCCUAUUGCCGCCACCAUCAAUGACAAGAUUUUCUGCAUUCAUGGAGGUUUGUCUCCAGAAUUGCACAGCUUGAAACAGAUUGAGCAAAUCCAGAGACCUACAGAUAUUCCCGAUAAAGGUUUAUUGGCUGACUUGUUGUGGUCCGAUCCAGAUCCUCUGGUGCGUACCUUUUCCCAUACCAAUUGGCCGAAGAACGACCGUGGUGUUUCCUAUUGUUUUGGAAAGAAACAUGUUGAUCACUUUUUGUCAAAUUUCAACAUGGACUUGAUCGUCCGUGGCCAUAUGGUUGUUGAGGAUGGCUAUGAAUUCUUCAACAAGCGAAAGUUGGUAACCGUUUUCUCGGCCCCCAAUUACUGUGGUGAGUUCAAUAAUUACGGUGCAAUCAUGAGCGUUGACAAGAAGUUGUGUUGCUCUUUUGAGUUGUUGAAGCCUCAAUAA